AACCUAAAACUUGUCUGUUGCGGACUUAACCGGAACGGUUGUACUGAUCCCAAUUAACACCACAUCUGUGGCAUUCAUUCCUUAUAUUUAGAUUAACUUAUACCAAUCAUGCAUCCACAUUAACCUUUGUGACACUCUUGCUGGUUCAUUUUCGUAAGACAAUUAGAAACAAUCGCUAAUGGCGGCACGGAACCUUUGCUGCAUGGCACUGCGAUCGUCAAAGCUUCUCUCUCGCCCUUCCCAUCUUCUCUCUGUUCAGAUGCGGAUGCAGAUGCAGAUGCAGAUGCUGUCCUCUUCUCUUCCUCUCACCCGAAAGAUGAGCAUGGAUGCACAGAGUGUUGCUUCCAAGCUUAAUAGUUCUGGAUUGCUGAGGACUCAGGGCCUUAUUGGAGGGAAAUGGAGUGACGCUUAUGAUGGAAAAACCAUAAAGGUUUAUAAUCCAGCAACUGGUGAAUCUAUUGCAGAUGUGGCAUGCAUGGGUGGAAGAGAGACGAAUGAUGCAAUUUCUGCUGCCUAUACUGCAUAUCGAUCAUGGAGCAAAACCACUGCUGCUGAAAGAAGCAAAUUUUUGAGGAAAUGGUAUGAUUUGCUAAUGGCACAUAAAGAAGAACUUGCACAACUUAUAACCUUGGAGCAGGGGAAAACUCUUAAAGAGUCUAUUGGUGAGAUAAACUAUGGGGCUGGAUUUAUUGAGUUUUCAGCUGAGGAGGCAAAACGUGUAUAUGGGGAUAUAAUUCCUGCACCUUUAUCUGAUCGGAGAUUGUUUGUUCUUAAGCAGCCUGUAGGGGUUGUAGGUGCAAUUACACCUUGGAACUUUCCCCUUGCUAUGAUUACUCGAAAGGUUGGUCCAGCCCUUGCAUGUGGCUGUACAGUGGUGAUAAAACCCUCUGAACUUACACCUCUCACUGCUUUAGCUGCUGCAGAACUCUCCAUUCAAGCUGGAAUACCAGCGGGUGUUGUGAAUGUUGUAAUGGGAAAUGCUCCUGAAAUUGGAGACAGUUUGCUUGCAAGUCCACAGGUAAGGAAGAUCACAUUCACAGGCUCAACAGCUGUUGGAAAGAAAUUAAUGGCUGGUUCAGCUGAGACAGUUAAAAAAGUAUCUCUGGAACUUGGUGGCAAUGCACCUUGCAUAGUUUUUGAUGAUGCUGACCUUGAUGUUGCAGUAAAAGGAACUCUUGCAGCGAAGUUCCGUAAUAGUGGACAAACAUGCGUUUGUGCAAAUAGAAUUAUUGUACAAGAUGGUAUAUAUGAAAAAUUUGCAAAUGCACUCCGUGAUGCUGUUCUGAAUAUGAAAGUUGGGGAUGGUUUUAGUGAAGAUGUGGCACAGGGCCCUCUAAUCAAUGAAGCUGCUGUGCAAAAGGUGGAGUCCUUAAUUCAUGAUGCUACAUCAAAGGGGGCAAAAAUAAUUCUUGGGGGUAAAAGACAUAGCCUUGGAUUUACAUUUUAUGAACCAACGGUGAUCAGUGAUGUCAACAUUGAUAUGCGCAUAUCCAGAGAGGAAGUAUUUGGACCCGUUGCACCCCUUUUGAGAUUCAAAACUGAAGAGGAUGCUAUCAGAAUUGCUAACGACACCAACGCAGGUUUGGGUUCAUACGUGUUUACGAACAGUAUCCAACGAUCAUGGCGUGUAGCAGAGGCUCUAGAAUAUGGACUUGUUGGUGUUAAUGAAGGAGUAAUUUCAACUGAGGUGGCUCCUUUCGGUGGUUUUAAGCAAUCCGGGCUCGGAAGAGAAGGCUCCAAAUAUGGAAUGGAUGAAUAUUUAGAGAUAAAAUAUGUCUGCAUGGGAAACAUGAACAAAGAAUGAAGUAUGACGGUGCCAAGUUACAAGAGAGGAAUUGAAGCACAUUCAUAGAGCUGCGUGCUUGUUGUACACUAAUAAAAGCAGGCUUUGUUUUCUGUUUCUGUUUUUCAUUUCUUUCUUUGAGAUCUUAUUCCAUAUUAAAAAUUGUUAUACGAGGUUGAAAAAACAAUGCAAAUAGCCUUUGACCCUUCUGCGGUA